GAGCUCUUCACGCUGACGUACGGUGCUCUGGUCACCCAGCUGUGCAAGGACUAUGAGAACGAUGAGGACGUCAACAAGCAGCUUGACAAGAUGGGUUACAACAUCGGUGUUCGGCUAAUAGAAGACUUUCUGGCCCGGUCCAAUGUUGGAAGAUGCCACGAUUUCCGCGAGACUGCAGAUGUGAUCGCAAAGAUAGCAUUUAAAAUGUACCUGGGCAUCACUCCGAGCAUCACCAACUGGAGUCCUGGAGGCGACGAGUUCUCCCUGAUCUUGGAAAAUAAUCCCCUGGUGGACUUCGUUGAGCUCCCCGACAACCACUCCUCUCUCAUCUAUUCCAACUUGCUGUGCGGAGUGCUGCGAGGUGCCCUGGAAAUGGUACAGAUGGCUGUAGAUGUAAAGUUUGUCCAGGACACACUGAAGGGUGACAGCGUCACGGAGAUAAGAAUGAAGUUCAUCAGGCGGAUCGAAGACAAUCUUCCAGCUGGUGAAGAGUGAAUCGUGACCCAGUCUCCCUUUGGGGCUGGAGGGGACCAGCUGGUUUUGGCCAUUAGCUUUUCUCACAGACCCGUAGGGAUCUAGUGCCCCUGUACAUUCAGACUGACUCACUGACGGGUUAAGAUGUUGCUGUAUUCUUCUGCCGUCACUUCCAUCUUCUGUAGAAGACAAUUGUCUGGUUGCUGUUUAUUUCACAGGUUCCUUCUGAAGCUUUUUCGUAUUCCCCUGAAGACUCUGCUUGGUUUCUAGUUGUGGUGCGUGGUCAUGCAAGAACUACUUCCCAGACUCUAGAAGAGCUCCAGUCUGUCCAGAGCUGAAUCUGUGUUUUAUUGCCAGAGUUGGAGACCAGGCGAUGAGAUCCCACUGAUUUACUGUCAAACGCAG